AUGCCAUACCCAUUCACGCUACCAACGACAUCGUCGACACCUCUGGACGCCUUCAUUGGCAGCCCAAGCCAUCCUUCUCUCCCUCUCACAGCAACAACCCAACGAUCAAUCCUUCGCGACGCUCUCAAGAAGCACAAGCGACUACCGCCCGCACAACAAGCUGCUCAUCUAGGAGUCGUUCAGGAUGCCAUCAAUGGCUAUCUUCCCUACAUUCUGGGUAUCGCGUCUGCGUUUACCUCAGGAAGGAUUGGAGACGAGCCCGUUGUAGUUACAAACGUCAAGCAGUUACAGACAGAAUGGCGACUUACCCUUUCGGCAACGCUACCUGGACGAGAACCACCUCGAUCGCCUCUAUCUGGUGUAUGGAACGAUGUCGCCUUUGUGCUGCAAACGUUGGCAUACAUCCAGGUCCAACAAGCCCGUUCGCAGCUUCAGAUACUUUACUCCUCUAAUAUACCAUCUCCCGAACGUCGCACGGCAGCCAUUGGCUCAGCAAUGAAGUACUUGCUUGAAGCAAACUCGGUCCACAACUACAUUCUCAACCUUCAUACCCAAGACCCUACCUCUGCACCGCUAGACACGGUGAACUCAACACAGGUCGCUCUGGCAGCUACAGCCCUGGCAGAGGCAACACUCAUCACAGUAUUGAAAGACGAUCCUUAUACCACCGCUGUCAUCCAAGCGAGGAACAAGGACGAUAAAGACUGGAUGAUCUCCGCCCCUUCUAUCCCAAAGGUUCGGGCCCACCUCUUCGCAAGAUUGUGUCUCUGUGCUUCUGACCAUGCGCAAAGAGCCGCUGCAUCUCUGGCUCCUGGCACAGGAUCUCUGGACCCGUCAUUACUCAACUACGUAGAUGAUCUCCGACGCACAUCGCGCGCAAAGGCUGCGAGGUUUUUGGCUUGUGACGCUGAACUAGCCGGCAAAACAGGAGAAGCGAUUGCAUACCUUCGAGGUGCGAGAAAAGAGCUGGGACUUGCACCACUGGAACAAGAUGCUAGCAAACGCAAAGGUUGGAAAGGGCUGAAGCAGACGUUCGCUGAGAAAAGGGAAGACCGGAAAGUGGAGAAAGGCUCUGACGAUUGGGGUUUGGAUGCUGGUAAGCUUGAAGAGGCAAGGGUGCUGGAGUGGUUGGAGGUAAAAUGGGUCAAGAUGAAUGACACUAUAAAUGUCCAGGCAAUCCCGCCUAGCGAGCCACUCAUGGCUGCUAUGCCUUCUGGACGAGAAUAUCAUACCCCGAAGCCUUACACACCGCCUCAGCUGGACGCAUCUCUGCUUGCUCGUCUCCGCGCACCGCUUGACCCGCACCAACAUGCCUUUGAGGGUGACGAGGAAGACAGCGGUGAUGAAGGAGUCAGCAGAAAUCCAGUCGUUGUUCCAGGAGCUUUCCCGGGUGCUGCGACUGGUGGAAGCGGGAAUACCUAUUAUUGA